AUAAAAGAAGGCCGACAAUUAAGGGCAAGAUAUGGUUAAGUUCAUCUUCCAAUAACACAAUAUUAGGCUCUUUGAAUAUUUCUUCUUUUGAAGAAGGCUCUUUGAACGAUUCAGUUACCACAAAAAAUACAUAAACCAACUUGCAACAAAUUAAAAUCAAAAAGAAAAAAAAAUCAAAAUCAAAAGCUUCACUCCAGAUCUCUCUUCUCCAAAAUUCACAAGAGGAAAGUGAUAAGAGAUGGAUCACGAUUCUUCGGAUUCAUCAGACGAAAGAGGUCAUAGCGAAGACUCGUCGCAUCAAGGGGAAAAAUGUCAUCUCUUUGGCCGCCAGAACCCGGUCCACACCGCCCUUGGUGGUGGCAAACCUGCGGAUGUAAUACUGUGGAGGAACAAGCAGAUAUCUGCGGCAUUGCUAGCGGGUUCGACUGUGAUAUGGCUACUCUUCGAAUGGAUAGGCUAUUAUCUCGUUCCUUUCAUUUGCCAUUCUCUCAUUCUCUCGUUGGCUACUCUCUUCUUGUGGUCCAACCUCUCCUCCUUCGUCAACAAGUCGCCUAUAAACUUCCCAGAGAUUGAAUUGCCGGAGGAUUUGUGCAUGAAUGCUGCACUCCUACUAACCGAGAGAUUCAACAAGGCUAUCGCUAUACUCUGGCAAAUAGCUUCCGGAAAGGACGUCAAGAAGUUCCUCUCUGCGGUUUUGGGAUUGUGGGUUGUCUCGGUUGUCGGAAGCUGGUUCGACUUCUUGACCAUUGUAUACAUCAUUUUUGUGACAAUACUAACAAUGCCACCGUUGUACGAGAAGCACGAGGAUCAAGUGGAUUCCUACGCUCAGAAGGCGAAAGCCAAACUCAAGAGACAAUACAGCACGUUGGACGAAAAGGUUCUUCAGAAAUUACCGAAAGUUCCGUUCAUUAACGACAAUAAGCAGCAUUGAUCUAUGAGGAUCUCCUAAUUUAGGACAAGGGAUUUUUUUUCUUUUUUUAAUAUUUUUAGGGUUCUUGGUUGUGUUACAACCGGUAUUGAAUUUUGUAGUUUUCAGCUAGAAUUCUUGUUUUUUUUUUUCAUGCUUAAGUUAUAGACUACUAGAGUUCGUUUACACCGUGACGAAACUCAAAAAAAAAAUAGUUUGAAACGAGCUCCACGAAUUUGCUAUCACAAAUUUCAAGUCUUUAUCUUCAAUCAAUUCAAUCUAAGGUUGUGUUUGCAAAAGCUUUUAGAAACAGCUUUUGAGCUUUCCAUAGCUCAUAAUCUGUAGUUAGGUGUUUGCAUAAGCUUUUACUUCUCUAAAAAUAAGUUGCUUUAAGCUAUUUUUUCAAAAGCACCUACACCUGCUUUUCUAUUUAAGUUGAUUUUCAAGCAUUUAGACAUAAGCACUUAAUACUCACUUAACUCACAAUCACUAACUUAUGCUUUUCAGUAAGCUUUUACAAACACCACCUAAAUAUUUCUCUACAUAAGCACGUUUGUAUAAACAGUCACGUGUGGGACACAAGGUUAGAGAGCAUUAAUAUUUCAUUCAAUAUACUUAGAUUAUAGAACAAAUCUCGAUUGUCUUAAAAAAAGACAUGCAUUUUUCGCUCUGCACCUCUACAAACGAAUCGACAUAUAAAGCAUCUCUUAAA